GUGAACUCCUUGGAGUUUCUAGGACAGUACCUGCUGGAGAAAGCUGGUGUUGAUGAUCUCGCCUUCACUAGCUCAUUAGAAAAGUCCCUUGUACCAGCUGAGCGUUAUGAGGAUGAAGAUGAAGAGGUUACCAGGAUCAAUGGUCACGGUCAAACUGAGGGUCAGGAGGAAGAGGUCAAGGCCGACUGGGGAGACAUUGAACCAGAGGAUCGAGAAAUAGAAAAUUACUACACACAACACCAUGAUCAUGAUAGUUCUGACCCACCCCCACUAGACGACUCUUCACAUCAGUUGGAUGAGGAAAACGAUGAUAUUGUCAAAGACAGGAGUCUGAGUGAGACUGUCAGACCCCCAGCAGACAUGCCAGAGAAAGCACAAAUGGAACAGAGUGAAAAAGAAGAAAACCGACGUCAAAGACAACAGAAAAAUCAGCGGCUCGUUCAACAGGCGGACAAUUUACGAGUCACGUUCGGCUCCAUGAGGCUCACUGGCAAAUAUGAACGACUGAGUGCUAAGCAAUUCCAUGACCAUCCAGAAAAGAGAACGCCCAUUGCCAUGGAGAUACUUAGUAGCGAGGUGGAGUACAACAGAACUCUUCAGGCAGUGAAGAAAGUUUAUGUCGAUCCACUACGAGCCGCCUUAAAUUCAAACAGGGCAAUAGCAAGUUUUCAAAAUGUACAGAUUAUUUUUACUGACUUGCUGCAGUUGUUGGAUGCAAGCAG